GCACUGGCAAAAGCAGGUCUCCAAGCGCAUGGCAUUCGCAUUGUGCGUGAGGGCAAGCUCAAAGGCGAAAAGAUCGACCAGCAGAAGUUGAUCGACCAGCAUUAUUAUGCCAUAGCUUCGAAAGCUACGAUUCAAAAGCCCGAGGAGCUGAAUGUCCCAGCGGAUAAGUUCCAGGCGCAGUUUGGUGUGUCCUGGGAUGAAGCUCUCAAGUCAGGCAAGGUAUUCAAUGCCAUGGAUGCCUGCAAGCACCUGGGUAUUGAUGCAGACCAGCUUAAUGCCGCGUGGUCGCAAGCAAAGGCUGCGAAGAAGCUGGUGAAGUUUGGUGGAGGCUUCUACUGCGGCCUGGUGGAGAUUGAGGGCAAAGAGCCUGUAUACAUUUUCAACGGCUUUUUCAUGGCGAUGCGGUCUAAAUUUACAGUGCCUAGUGCAGAGAUUUAUUACUUCUCCGUGGAGUGGGACGCGAAUGCCUUGUCCUGGGCAGACUUUCGUGGUAAAGUGCUUGGCCCCACUGAUCCGGCUGAGGCCCCCGUAGACUCCUUGCGUGGCCAGAUUCUGGCUAAGUGGGAG